CUGCACCCUCAGCAUGAAGCACUUCUGCAAGCCCUGGGCAGCCUUUGCAGUGCUCUUCUUCACCAGUGCACUCCGGUUUCCUUGCUUAGCAGCAGCUGAAGACAGCUCCGAUGUUUCAACAAGCCCUGUGCUCACAACUGAGUAUGAACCACCAUGUCUUAAUGUGAGCUUCUGCAUGCAAGCAGCUGUGUGCUGCCCAUCAGGCAUGGAUGAUUAUGGAUGGAUCGCAGCAGCUGUCGGCUGGAGUCUCUGGUUUCUGACCCUCAUCUUGCUCUGCGUGGACAAGAUCACAAAGCUACGUCCUGAUGAACCUAAAUAUUUGGGGGCUUGAAGCGGGACAAAUCAGCUAGCAGCAGCAGCACUGGGGAGCAGCAAGGUGCAGACAGACAAAGCGUUUCAAUCACUUUCUAAGAAACAAAAAAGAUCAGGAAUUGCCUUCAGCCAAAAAAGGCAGGGCACCUGCUGGGACUUCAACUACCCCAGCAGGUCAGAGCUGCAAGUCAAGACAUGGAGCAGGCAAGCCUCUGCAAGACACCAUAUAUGUCCCACAGUGCACAGAAAACCUUUUUCCUGAGCUCUUUCAUUCUUGAUGUGUGUCAGCAGCAAUGAGAUGCUGAAGGGCAUGUUACCAGUUUAAACACUAUUAUCAGCCCAGUGCAUAAUCUUUGACUUUGCAACAGAAAGCUGGCAAAGCUAUUUCCUGGAUCAUCAAUGCUACCAAAUCCAUUACUAUGUUACAGGCCAGGUUACAUCAGUAAGUGGAUCUAACUUGUUGGCUAUGCCAAGCCCUUUCCACUCACUAACCUGUGGUAUUUUAAAGUCUAUUGACUGAUAUCACUGAAAACUCAGCUAUGGAAACUUAAGAAUUGUUUGGUAUGGUCUGAAUUUAAAACUGUUUUUUACAGUGCAGUUUAUAUGCAAAAUGCUUUUUAGGAACUGAGUGUUAGUUGUGCUUAUUCAGCUUGCAUCUGCCUCCAAGUAAGUCAAGCUGAUCUGUGGCAAGCAGGCUCAAACCACCAUAUCCAAUUAAUGG